AUGUUAUGGGGUGGUGCAUCUAUAGUUGGAUUGUUUGUCUUUGUUGAAGGUUGGCCAUUGUUCCAACAGACUUUAUUCCAAAGAAUCCCUGUUGUUGGUAAACACUGGGCACAAAAGCAUUCUGAAGAAAACUAA